AUGUUCACGCAGGACCACACUCACACUCGAGACAUCUCGCGGAGGAAUCCGAAACUUCAGGCGCUAACAGAUGGCUCUCGUGGUCGGGUAUCCCCUGGACUGUCUUCCCGUAUUCACCCUCGGGUCGAUCGCGACGUGACGAAGACACGAUGGAACAACAUGCAUAAACAAGACGCCAGACGAACCGAAGGACGAUCUCCCGUCCGAGACGCCACCGUGGCGGACUGCGUGGCCUGCUCCCGCGAGUUCGGCCGUCGCCUGGCGGAGGACCUCGGCGUCCCCGUCUUCCUCUACGGAUUCGCUUCCGAUCGGGACUACCGGAAGACCAUGCCGCAGAUCCGCGCCGGCGAGUACGAAGGACUCGGCGAGAAGCUGAAGAAGCCGGAGUGGGCGCCCGACUACGGGCCGGCCUCGCUGGUGCCGCGCUGGGGCGCCACGGUGACGGGCUGUCGGAAGUUCCUUAUCGCCUACAACAUCAACGUGCUCGCGACGAAGGAGCAGGCGCAUCGGAUCGCGUUGAACCUGAGGGAGGGAGGGCGGGGUAAGGAGCAGCCGGGGAGGCUGAAGAGCUGCCAGGCGAUCGGGUGGUGGCUGGAGGAGGAGAAUCUCGCGCAGAUCUCGAUAAACCUCACGGACACGGACGUCACGCCCAUCCACGUCGCCUACGAGGAGGUCUGUGACUUUUCGGUCUUCGUUUUUUGA